AUGUCUUAUUGGCCACUGUAGCUGUCAUGCGCAGAACCGAAAGGAGGAGUUAGCCGCGGUGAGUCACAGCUAACAGGCUAGUGUUCUUCUGUAGAUAAUGGACAUGAGUACCAGUGAGUGCUUUGGAUGUGGCCGAUCCGGACACUGGAUCAAAAACUGUCCUAAUGCCGGACGUGGGCGCGGCAGGGGCAGAGGCCGAGGAAAGGAUCUGUUCUGUUACCGGUGUGGUGAACAGGGCCACAUUGCCAGGGAUUGUGAACAGACUGAGGAUGCAUGCUAUAAUUGCCAUAGGAGUGGACAUAUUUCCAGAGACUGUAAAGAACCCAAAAAGGAAAGAGAACAAUGCUGCUAUAACUGCGGAAAAGCCGGUCAUGUGGCACGUGACUGUGACCAUGCAAAUGAGCAGAAGUGUUACUCGUGCGGAGGAUUCGGACACAUCCAGAAGUUGUGUGACAAAGUCAAAUGUUACCGGUGUGGUGAGAUCGGUCACGUCGCGGUACAAUGCAGUAAAGCGACAGAGGUGAACUGCUAUAACUGCGGCAAGACUGGUCACCUGGCACGAGAAUGCACCAUUGAAGCGUCCGCGUAACCCAGUUCCUCUUUUGCCCCUCCUUUCCGGAUUGAUGGUUGUUUCUUUUCCCUGAACCCUCUUUAAUGGCCAAAGGCUGACAUACAGAGGCUUUCCCAGGCCAGUGAGCUGCUUUGAAUUUAUUUUCUUUUACGUAGAGGGGUCAAAAAUCUGAAUGCAUUCAGAACAAAUGUUUUUAUUUUGGUAGAGGUGUAAUGCUUUGUUGAAGGACCCCUUCCAUGCUGCUGGUGAAAAGAUCUUGUACUGGGAUGUCAUGCCACACAAGAUCACAGCUGUGAACCUCAGAUGAAAUUAAAAUCAUGUAAGAGGGGAAGGCUCGGUUUUGGUGUUAUUUAGGGUUUUUUCUUUUUUGUUACAUGGAGAAAUUUGUAAGAUGAUUUGAGGGUGUGUGAUGGAUCCUCUUAAGCAUUUCUACCACCAGAACUCCAAAUCUGAUCCCUGCAAGCAGUUCACAGCAAAGUGUGUGUGUGUGUGUGCGCGUGUGUGUGUGGAAAAUAUAGAGAUCUUAUAUUGAUAUUCUAGAUUAAUUUGAAGUUGAGAUCCUUAAUUUUGCCUUUUGAUUCUUUAUUCAUUUUAUAUUCUUUGACUUUUUAGAGAAAGUCAUGCUUGUAAAGUUCAGUGAACAUUGCUUUGUAAUGUUAAAGAGUCAUUUUAGUCCUUUCUACCUUAAAUGAUGAGAACAACAGGAAGUCUUGUGGGUUUAGCAACAAUUUUCAAAAAGAAUGUUUUGACAGAAAUCAAAUAUUAUUUUUGUACAAUAUCACUUGGACUAGCGUAAGAAUAUCAUUUGCUUGUUUUUAAGUCCGAAGGAAAAUGCAAGUUGAGUCCUAGAAAAUAGAAAUGUAAUUUUAAACUAUCAAUAAAGCUGGAGGAGGAAGAGGA